UCAAACAUCUUUUAAAAUCUUAGUUCAGCAAAUUCGCAAAUCGUCUGGUUGUCGCGCCACGUAAUUGUGAUAGGGUGGGGACGCAUGAGACGCUUCGCAUUUAUAGGUUAACUUUUCGCGCACAAACGAUCAGUGCCGCUUCAACGAGAGCUCCGUGCUCUCUCGUUGUUGCAAGCAGUUCUUUUGUUCGGCGGGUACUUAAAUUCUCACGAAGAUCCGUGUAGUUUAGUCAUUUAUAUAUCUUAGGAUCGUAAAAUAUAAUAAUAGUAAACACAGUGUAUUCGUACAUACAUUCGCAAUCACCAAAACGCAGUGAUUACAUUAUUAACACAUCGUUGCAUGUUGUUUUGUUCAUUGUUCAGCAUUAUUUUUGCACUAUACAAAAAUCACACAAUGACAGAAGAAAGAAUAUUGUGCACAUAGAAAAUAAAGUUAUUUUGUACAUGGAAAUUUGAAGAAGGCUCUACUACCGUGUUUGUAUAUAAAUAGAAUCUUUGUAGUGCGUAGUGAUACAUAGCAGUUAUACGUCCAACAGCAAAACCAAUCGUUUCUGCCGGCAAACUUGUCAUGACAAUUUGCGCGUGCUGAAUCAUUUUAGGUGUAUAGUGCCAUUUUAUUCGUGUGCAUCCGAAUCUCAUAGCUGAAUCUUAUCGAUGAACUGAAUUUAUUAAGACACGUUACUUCGUGUACGUGUAUCAUUAUCGAGUGUUGCAAGGAGGAAUAAAGCAAUAUAUAUUCUUAAUUUCUUCACAAAAGUGUACUUUUUUAAAAAGUUACUGCGCACGUUUAAGUUCGGUUGAUCCAUAAUACAUACAAGACAGUGAGCGUGCGAUGGUCGUAUGAUAGAAGUUGACUCGAAGCGCGCGAGUGUGAAAGACAUGGCAGCGGAUUUUGAUGAUUGAUAUUGCUACUCCUGUUAUUUGCUAACAGGGGGAGUGUUAAAUCGCGCGGAAGUGGCGUAGCGUGGCAAACUUUGAGGGAUAAAGUCACGGAAAGAAAGAAUAUACAGCGCGCGCAGCUGCGUGCACUUCUACGAAAAUAGAACUCUGCACAGUGUGUGGAGGCCAACGACGAAACGAACGGAGUCUGACAUUAAAGCGAUCAUAGAAUGUCGCGCGUGUCGCUCAACAAGUCGCAGUACAGCCAAUACGGCUCGCGUCGCGUGCGGAAGAUCAGUACGACGGAAAGUGAAUAUUCUGUAGAAGAGCAUGCAAAAUUAACUGCUACUGAUGGAGCUAGUGAUGAAGCAUCUCCAGAAGAUGAAGGAGGAUCAUUAUGUGAAUACCAUGACAUACCACCCCCACCAGAUGGUGGAUAUGGGUGGGUGGUGGUAUUUGCAUCAUUCAUGUGUAAUAUGAUAGUUGAUGGUAUCGCUUAUACAUUUGGUGUUUUUUUGGGAGAAUUUGUUACAUAUUUUGGAGAAGGAAAAGGCAAGACUGCAUGGGUUGGUUCAUUGUUAUCUGGCAUGUACCUCAGUGCUGGACCUAUUGUCAGUGCUUUAACAAAUAAGUAUGGAUGUAGAGCAGUAUGUAUGGCAGGAAGUUUUUUAGGUGCAGCAGCAUUUGUACUUUCAACAUUUUCAACCAGUGUAAAUAUGCUUAUGAUAACUUAUGGUGUUAUGGGAGGAAUUGGAUUUGGUCUAAUAUAUUUGCCAGCAGUAGUUUGUGUAGGUUAUUAUUUUGAAACCAAAAGAUCAUUAGCUACAGGUAUUGCUGUAUGUGGUUCAGGAUUUGGCACAUUUGCAUUUGCACCUCUUGCAACAAUGUUAUUAGAAGCAUAUAAUUGGAAAGGAGCAAAUUUAAUUCUUGCAGGUCUUAUUUUAAAUUGUGCUGUAUUUGGUGCAAUGAUGAGGCCAUUGGAAUAUCCAAAAGCUUCUUCUGUUAAACCAUUGUUACAAAGAAUGGCAGAGGAAAAAAGAUUUCAAAUGGAACGUGGGAGUAUUGGGGGUUCUUAUUUCAUGGUACAACUGCCUGAUGGAUCUAUGGAAAAGAGAAUGAAAAUGCCUAUUAAUAUUGAUCCUGGUGUUCAUUCCAGUUUCAAUUUAGACCAAUUAGUGCCUGGAACUCCUUUAACACCAGUUCCAACGGUACCAACUCUUCCCACUAUAUCGGAAGUGAAAGUACAAGAACACUCUUCUAGUGGAGCAACUAGUAAUAGUGGCAGUAUGGACUUAAAAAACAUUUCCACUAAAUCAAAGAGUAGAAAAAAUAUUGAUGAUACCAAAGAUAUAACAGAGAAGUCUGAAAGCGAAUUCAAACCAAUAAUUCCUAGAAAUGCUUCACAGCCUGCUUUCACAACUCAUGUACAAGGUUUACCUAAAAAUGGUUCUGUACCCUUUUUUGAUAGAAUUCGCAAAACAAGUACUGGUGAAAGGUAUAAACCAAGUCUUAGUGCCAUUAAGAAUUCUAGAACAACAUUGAAUUCUAAUGGUGAUAUUAGAAAAAGUUUGCAUUUGAGACUUUCGACAAGCAGUGUUAUGGGUUCUCGAAAUAAUAAUGCGGAAAUAGAUGAUGGCGAAAGUAUUACUUUUACCACCAGUAAAACUAGUAUUCCAAAAGAAAAACCACAGAUAAUUCGACCACUAUCAAGAAAGGAUAUUUUUUAUAGUGGUAGUGUUGUUAACUUACCAGAAUAUCAAAGUCAAAAGUCACUUGCAAAUUAUCGUCAAAGUGUUAUUUCUUUAUCAAAAUCCGUUCGUGGAGAUAUUAAAGACACCGAUAUUGAAAAGGCGCGCGAACAACCUCUAUGUCCUUGUUUGGUAUUACCUGAUUCGUUCAAAGAAGCUCUGGCAACUAUGAUGGAUGUAUCUUUGCUAAAAGAUCCAGUAUUUCUUUUAAUUGGUAUUAGUAACGUAUUUGGAAUGGCUGGUUUAUAUGUCCCUUUUGUAUAUUUAUUAGAUGCUGCAGUCUUAGAUAAUAUUGACAAAACUCUUGCAUCAUAUUUAGUAUCUAUUAUUGGAAUUACUAAUACUCUGGGUCGUGUAGCUUGUGGAUACAUUGCGGAUUUUCCACAAGUAGACUCACUAUUGUUGAAUAAUAUCUGCUUAAUUAUAUCAACAGUUGCUGUGGCUGCAAUUCCAUUUUGUCAUUCAUAUCCUGCUUAUAUUAUUAUGAGCAUUCUUUUUGGAAUAGCUAUAUCUGGAUAUAUUUCUUUGACGUCAAUUAUUUUGGUAGACCUUUUGGGAUUGGACAAAUUGACCAAUGCAUUUGGCCUCUUAAUCUUAUUUAGAGGAGCAGCAGCUAUCAUUGGUUCACCUUUAGCAGGUGCUGUUUAUGAUGCAACGCAAAGCUAUAGCAUCCCAUUUUUUAUGGCAGGAUUUUUCUUCCUUGUAAGUACAGUUACUAGUUUCAUGGCUCCAGCAAUGAAACGCUGUACAACGCCACAGACUCAGCCUGUGAUAUUAGAUACAUUGACUCCAAUUGAUGAAGAUAUCGAAGAAGAAAAUGAAGAGGAUAUUCCUGAAAUUGUAGAAACUGCGCCAUCUCCGCAAGAACCUCCUGAAAAAGAAAUUAAACAAAUAGAAUCUGUUUUAUAAAAUCUGAUCUGUAUAAGGAGAAAAAAAAAAGCCUUCAUCUCCGAGCCAUACUGUGAUAGGGCUGCUGCUUCAAAAAGGUCUGAAAAAAGUACUUCUUCGUUAUACAUUUUAAUGCUAAAGCACAAAUUAAUGAGUACAACCUGAUGGUAUUUUUAACGUAUUUAGAAUUUUGCAAUUGUAUCUAAUUUUUUUUAUGAAACUCUAAUAUAUAAAUAUAAAUAUAUAUAUAUACACAAAUAUAUAACAAUGUAAAAAAUACCAUCAGGUGGAGAAUUUCAUUUGCCUAUGUCAAUAGUAGAUGAUAGAUAGAAAAAUUUAUUAACUUAAUCAGUAUAGAAUGAUCAGUAUAAAAAA